CUCAGAAUGGUCACCGGGAAUCUGGUCCCAAUUCCCAUGGACAGCGUUUACCGCUAUUCUCGUUUGUCUGCUGUCGAUGAUCGCAGCCGCCGUGAUGCUAUACCGGUCGGACGGACGGCCUCAGUCGGAAUGGCCUGUCUCGCCUGCUGUCAUCCUGGCUGUCUGCAGUGCUGUCGGAACCACGUCGCUGGAGAUGGCACGAAGCGAAGGCGCCACCAUCUCCUGGUGGACUCGUUCACUGCAGGGCUGCACUCUCCGCGAUCUGCACUGCCAAUGGGCCAUCUCCACGGGCAUCUGGUCGUCGCUGCUCUUCUGGCGCCAGUUCAGCCGCAAUACACUGGCCACGAUCGGUGUCACGCUCUGCCUGGUCGUGUCGCCUCUUCUUCAACGUGCCAGCGUUUCUGACUCUGCCCGGUUUUCAUCGCCCGCCACGGUCCAUCUUCCAGCUGCUAGCACGCAUUCUUCAUACACGACGGGCGCAUCGAAGUCCGACGAGGCUCUGGAUUGGUCCCUGGACUAUGCGGCCGUCAUUUCAGAAUAUCUCGAUCGGUCUCCUAUAACCACGAGUCCCAUCCACGGCUGUAACGAGGGCACCUGUACUGGAAAUCUAACCACUGUCGGUAUCACCGGCAGCUGUCCCAUACACAACACCACCACGGUUGAUCUUGUGGAGGAGCUACUUAUAGGAGAACAAUCGCCACACACCAAACCAAAGCCGUCGGUAAUGGAGAUUGCGGUGAACUUUGAUAAUUUGGGACUCGACAUGUCACCCUGGCACGGGCUAUUUUUCAUUGAUGCGACCUAUUUUGUUCCAUCCCAUAAUCAUACGGUGCUCAGAUUCUCCAAUGGCACCAGCUUCUUUGGAUGCCCGGGAACGAUGGUGACCAAGCGAUGCAGCAUCACUCCAGGGCUGGUCGAGUAUCCCGUCUCCAUCUCCAAUGGAUCGCUGACGAUACGCAACGAAAUCACUGGCUUCUUUCCUUCUGUGAGCGACUCCAGUUUCCUCGGCCCCAAUAAAACCAGAACUGGAAGAGGGAAGCCAAUAUACGAUGCCAACUCCAUAGGCGGCAUUCUCACCGCGGCAAAAUACAUUUUCGACUCCCAAAUAACCAUCAGCGCAAUGGUCGAAACGAUGUUGACUAACCAUACGAGGGACGUCACUGUCCAGCCGACCUUCACCGGCCGCAUGGCCGCGAGAUACAUGCAACUCCCCAGUUGGGGCACCCAGUCAUGCGUCAUCAACAUGCCCGAUCCCACCAGCGGUAUUCUCUCUGUCUUGAAUGGGCUUAUGUUCCGCACUGGUCUGGCAGUUUGGUUUAUAGAGUCAAGUGGGAGUUUUUUGCCCUGGCCGUUGCCCUUAUGGUGCUGUGUAUCAUCUUGGUAGCCGGGUCGCUCUCCAGUUGGUGGCGUCUGGGUCGAGCCGUGUCGAUGAGCCCGGUGGAAAUUGCUAAAGCGCUCGACUCGUCUCUGAUGCAGGAUGAUACUAUCUCAUAUGCCCCUCUGGACACGCUGAUAGAGCACGUGGGAGACAUACCAGUUAAGUAUGGGGUGACUCGAGAGACGGAAGUAAUCGACCAUAUACCGGUGGUAAAGCGACAAGUUUUGCGUUUUGGUGAUCCAGAUAUUGUCCACGACCUAUGAGGAUUUACCUAUUCCGAACUUCAUGAAUAUCCAAGAUCAGGAAUCAUCCUUGUAGAGAUAAAUCGAAUAACAGGCAUCAAAAGAACUACAAGCAGUCGGCUCAAAUUAUGUCGACGGGGGAAUU